AUGGCAUCCGAAUCACCACGGCCUCUGGGAAUUGAGGUCCCUCGAUCCUCAAUGGAAUCGCCUCCGGGAAUCGUUGCCUUGUUCCUCAUCAGCUUCGACAUCCGGACCGGAUACGUGGUUUCAUGGAAGCGCACAGCACCAGGAGUUGACGUGGAAGGCGUCGUGGAAUACAAAUCGCUGCCUUCUGGUCUUCACAAUGUGACCGAGGAUCUGGUAUACUUUGUCCAUGAACAGUAUGCUGGCAUCAGCGCGUUCCUCAAUCACCCCGCCGCGGAAGCCGAGCGCAAUGCGAAGAUGUUCGCGAUCGGGGUUCUCGUCCCCCUCAGCACUGGUCGACUGGGGAAGAGCUGGCGCCACGCUCCGAGAUUGAAAGAGUUGACGCAGAAAUACGCCGAGAACAUGUCCGACAUGGAUCCUCUAGCGACAUACUGGGAUGCCUAUCGAAUAGGAGGAACCGAGUCCUCAGCGCCCGAUUCACCCAUUGUGUCGCCUGCGAACCUUCGAUCCCGACCAGGCGAGCGACCAGACACCGCAAAUCGCACCCGUGCCUUCAGCGACGCACUCGUUCUGGACACCUUCAGGCCGGCCCUGACACCGUCCCACCCCGCAUCGUCCCUACCGGACUUCCUAGACACCUUCGGACCCCUGGUCUUCCCCUUGUACAGGGCAGCUUUGCUGCGCAAGCGCAUCCUCUUCAUGGGCGAGGCACCCGUCCACACACCUUGCAACUACGUAUACGACCUCUCCCUCCUAGCCUCACUACCAAAUUCCCUCCUCGACCUCCUCCCCACCGACCGCACCCCACCUCUACGCCCGCGCCCCCUCUUCAACGUCGGCAUCCACGACAUCCCCUACCUCUCAACCUUCGACCCCGCACGCAGCAUCAGCUCCCAAGACCCAGAGACAGACCCCAGCUGGAUCGCCUGCUCCACAGACACAGUUCUAACAAUGAAACCCACGCUCUUCGACACCCUCAUCACCCUCCCAGCCCCACACACCAAACAAGCCGAAGAGCGAAUCUUCCCAAAGCUCUCUCUGACAAACCACUCAAACCCCCAACACCCCUUCACACUCAAAGCGACGCAACGCGACGCAAGACGCUUCGCAAUGCUCCGCCGCAGCCUCCACCACCUCACAUCCUCAGACACAGACUCAACAUACUCAUCCAGCCCAGUCGUGGAACCAGUUUCCUGGACGCGGCUCGCAUACACGUCAUUCAUGUGGUGGGCGUCCGCAGGCGAGAACCGCGACGGACUCACCGAGGAAGAAGAAGAGGCGCAAUUAGAGCAGGACUCGCGGCUGCUGGCCAGUGUCGAGAACCUUUCUCCGGCAAACGAUCAGCCGCCUGAGGUUGCGUUAGUAGCUUAUUUCCGACGGAUGACGGCGAUGAUCUUUGGGACUUUGGCUGGUGUCAUUGCGCGGAAUGAUGAUUGUGAGGGUGGGUAUGAGGAGUAUGUUGAUGAGGAUGAGAGUGAGUCGAGGUCGAGAUCGAUGUCGAUUGGGGAUGAGGCGCCUUUGUUGAGACAGCGGUCUGGUGCGAGUUCGCAGCGGGGAUCGUUGAGGGAAGCUGGGUGUGAGGUUGUUACGAUUUCGGUGGCGGAUAUGACGGAGAUGGGGCUUGAUGUUUGGAGUGCGACUGAUCGGGUGUUUGUGGAGGAGUUGGUGGGGCUUUGGUGGGGGAGAGAGGCGAGAGUUGAUUGUGCGAGGAUUAGAUGCUGUGGUAUUUCGGUGCUGUAA